AUGUCUUAUGCCUCUGAUAUCAUGGAGGCCUCGGUCAACGAAAAUGCCGCCAGGCUAUCCGAAGUGAGUAGCUUCCCGUCACUACGGAAUUGGACCCUACCCAGGUUGAUGGCGGAGCUGUCCAGGAAGGGUAUCCCGUUUACAGCCUCGGCCAGAAAGGCAGAAUUAUACCGCCUACUCAUGUCCACUGCGAGUCUGCAGCGUCAGGAGGAAGUCUCGAUGGCCACAGUCCAGACCUCGCUCGCUCAGAUUCACCUCAUGCUCAACAAUCUUACGUCAUCAGUCACGGACAUUCAAUCCAGACUGGACACGGUCGAGUCCCGGGGUGCUGUUCUCACUCCUCCGGCUCCAGAACUGGCCAUCCCGUCCACGUCCGCUGCGGGGGGUACCGGUACGACUGUCUCUGUUCCUAAUAUCACUCUGGCUUACUUCAUACCGGCCAACACCAAGAAAGAUAUUCUUGAAGGCAGGGACGUCAACUUGGCUUCCCUGUUGAUUGCUACUCGGGAUUUCUCAGACAGCAAAGUCAUCGCGUGCGGUGAUGUCUCAUUUAUUUACAGGUUUCUAACUAUAGAUAAGUUGGAGAAGUACAAACCACCCUUGCCCAAGUGGAAUCUCCAGCCUAUUAAAACCCGAAACACCAAAUUUCUACAGUUGAUUGACUGGCCUGGACCACCAUCCAUGGUGAGCCACAUUAAAUUUUCAACGAGCUCCAUGAAAUGUUAUUUCAAGCUGAUAAAUCCUCGAAGUACAUACAGAGUUGGUGAAAAGGUGGAAGUGCUCAUCACAGCUCGUGAUUACAAUGGUCAGCCAAAAGGUUAUGGUGGAGACUUCUUCCAGGCCAAGCUCCAUUCCCCAAAGCUUAAGGCUGGGGUGACCGGAGAAGUUAAGGAUCAAGGUAAUGGAAGUUACUUAGCUACCUUUCUCCUUCCAUGGCCUGGGGAGGCGCAAAUACACAUCAGGCUCAUUCAUUCCAGUGAAGCUGUGGAUGUUCUGAAGAAGAAGAGGGAGAGUCAACCUGGAAAGGUGUACUUCUUUGGAUUCUUCCAGUUUAACGACACCAGUGAGGUGAUGGAGUGUAACCUGGAGAUAUCUACCAAAAAUGUCUGCACAUAUAAAGAGCCUGUCACUGGAAAUACAUGGCAGUGUGUGCAUCCCCAGAACCUGACCUGCGAUACCUUGGUGUAUCACUCCAUGGGUGGCUACCGCAAAGUGACAAACUGGCUGGAGGACUCUUUACUGAAAGUGUCAAACAGGAAACUCUCUUGGUCCAUUCCUCCAAUUAACGUGACCUCAGAUAAAGGAUUUUCAGAACUCAUCUCCAAGCUCCCGAUCUGUAGACCUGGACAAGGAGCACAACAGCCUUCAGGCUUUUACUAUCAGGACAAGUGGACAUCACUAGUAUGCCGGGCUCAGCACUUCCUUCGCCCUUCAGAUGCUCUUGUUUGCCUCAAAGGGAAGGACAUUCAUAUGAUCGGAGACUCCACUCUGCGCCAGUGGUUUGAAUAUUUGGAAAGGUUCAUCCCAAGUCUCAAGAGGAUAGACUUGCAUGCUAACUACAAGUCAGGUCCUCUGAUAGCCGUAGAUGUUGGCGCUGGUCUGGUCAUGCGAUGGCGUGCUCAUGGAUUACCUUUAAGGACCGGCAAGACCAAAAUGUCCGACCUCCACUAUGAAGCAGCUCACUUGGCUGGUAUCGGUGGUGGGCCCCACACUGUGAUAGUGAUGACCCUAUGGGCCCACUUUACCACCUACCCUGUGAGGUUUUACAUUGAACGGUUGGAGGGAGUCCGUCAGGCAAUCUCAUCUCUUCUUUUUCGAAGCCCUGAGACGACGAUGAUCAUUAAAUCAGCCAAUACGGGUUAUAAGUCAAUAUUUGGCAGUGACUGGUUGUCUCUUCAGCUGGACAUUUUACUGAGGGAGACCUUCAAAGGAAUGCAAGUUAUAAUCCUGGAUGCCUGGGACAUGACAUCCUGCCACUAUCUUCCUGACAAUAUCCACCCAGGUCCUCCAGUCAUAAAGAACGAGGUGGACCUUAUGUUGUCUCAUAUAUGUCCAAAAUGAAAGAUAAGAGACAUGUGAACCUUAAACAGGUUUUCUGAUUUGACAUGACUAAAGCUUAAAACCUAUGGACUCCUACGGGGGCAUUUUUUUAUGAUUGCAUUUUAAUCAUUUGGGGCUGAAAAUCAUUUUUUCCAUUGGUCUUUAUUAAAAAUGUUCAGCCGUUUCUGAGUUACAAGGGUUACAAAAUCAGUCUGUUUGCACUAAACACAUAGACGCUAAUUUCAGCCAUAUUCUUAUUGAGCUAUAAUGAGUGUUUAUAAGGUCAGAAGAUCAGAGAUAAGAGCUCCACAUGAGCCGACAACUGACGGGAUUCCAAGAAAAAAGAACGUGACAGCUUGUAAACAGACAGAUUUUUUUAACCCUUGUAACUCAGAAAUGGCUGAGCAUUUUUAGUAAAGACCAA